AUGGCACGAUUUUUGGGUGGGCUGAACCGCAAAAUUCAGAUUGUGCUUGAUUAUAAGGAGUACAAUACCAUUACUCGGUUGUUCCAUCUUGCUUGUAUUGCUGAACGAGAAGUGCAGGGACGCCAAACGAGGACACAUGCUUACUCCUUUGCAGGUCACACCACCUCCUUCAAACCAGCCACUAAACCUGUGGCUGCCUCAUCAUCAGCUGCACCCUCACCACACAACAUCACCUCGCGUGAUCCGGCAGUGACAAAGACUCCAUCCGCACCUACCCCAACACGGUCCUCUUCUUCUUCCACUGGGCGCACCAAGGACAUCCAAUGCCAUCGCUGCAAAGGCUUUGGCCAUGUUAUUCGUGACUGCCCCAACAAGCGUGUGCUGAUUGUACGUGAGGAUGGUGAGUACUCUUCUGCUAGUGAUUUGGAUGAUCCCACAUAUGCUAUGCUUGCCACUAACGUUUCAGGACAUGAGGAGGAGGAACAUGUUGCUGCUGUUGAUGCUGACAAGUAUGAGAGCCUUGUAGUGCAGCAUGUCCUCAGUACGCAGGUUGCACAACCAGAACAGCACCAGCGACACAACUUAUUUCACACCAAAGGCGUUGUGCAAGAACAAUCGAUUCGCAUCAUCAUUGAUGGCAGCAGUUGCAAUAACUUGGCAAGUACGGAUCUGGUAGAAAAGUUGUCCCUUCAAACUUGGCCACACCCACAUCCGUACCACAUUCAAUGGCUCAACCAGGGUGGAAAAUUGAAGGUAACACGCUCGGUACGUGUUCAUUUUUCUAUGGGCUCCUAUCAUGAUUAUGCUGAUUGUGAUGUCGUUCCGAUGGAAGCAUGUUCUUUGCUGCUAGGUAGACCUUGGCAAUAUGAUAUUGGUAGCAUGCACCAUGGUCGCACAAAUCAAUACUCACUCAUGUUUAAGGGCAAGAAAAUUAUUUUUCAUCCAAUGUCACCUGAACAGAUUUUAAAAGAUGACAUUGCUCGGGCCACUAGAGAUCACAAACCAAGUGCACAACCAAAUUUACAAAAUGAAAUCAAACUGAAGGCUCCUGUUUUACUCGCUACACUAGCUGAUUUGAACGAGUUGGCUGUUCCCAAUUCACUUUGCUAUGCUCUCAUGUGCACUAAUGUGCUGGUUUCACUUGAUGACACUGCACUUUUGGAUAUACCCCCUGCUGUUACUAAGCUUUUGCAGGACUUUGCGGAUGUUUUUCCAAAGGAGGUCCCAGCUGGCCUUCCUCCCAUUCGUGGCAUUGAACAUCAGAUUGAUCUCAUCCCAGGCGCUCCAUUGCCAAACCGUGCUGCCUAUCGUACCAAUCCAGAUGAGACAAAAGAGAUUCAGCGACAAGUGCAAGAAUUGCUUGACAAAGGUUACAUUCGUGAGUCUCUUAGCCUCUGCUCCAUCCCUGUUCUUUUGGUACCAAAGAAAGAUGGCUCUUGGCGCAUGUGUGUCGAUUGUCGUGCUAUUAACAAUAUUACAAUCAGAUAUAGGCACCCUAUACCUCGCUUAGAUGAUAUGCUUGAUGAGCUCAGUGGUGCUGUUGUGUUCUCUAAGGUUGAUUUGUGUAGUGGGUACCAUCAGAUUCGCAUGAAAUUGGGGGAUGAAUGGAAAACAGCUUUCAAAACCAAAUUUGGGUUAUAUGAAUGGUUAGUCAUGCCUUUUGGUUUAACUAAUGCUCCCAGCACGUUCAUGCGUUUAAUGAAUGAAGUUUUGCAGGCCUUCAUAGGGGUGUUUGUGGUUAUCUAUUUCGAUGAUAUCUUGAUUUAUAGCAAAUCUAUGGAGGAACAUUUGGAUCACCUACGUGCUGUUUUUGAUGCUUUACGUGCUGCCCGCCUAUUUGGGAACUUGGAUAAGUGCAGUUUCUGCACAAGUCGUGUGUCUUUUCUUGGAUAUGUUGUUACAUCGCAGGGCAUUGAGGUGGAUAGCAACAAGAUUGAUGCUAUACAAAGCUGGCCAACACCCACCUCGGUGACGCAGAUUCGAAGCUUCCUUGGGCUUGCUGGUUUCUAUCGUCGUUUCGUUCGUGAUUUCAGCACCCUUGCUGCACCACUACAUGAACUCACAAAGAAGGGUGUGCCUUUCUCCUGGGGACAACCGCAAGAAGAGGCUUUCAUGGUUCUAAAAUAUAAGCUAACCCACGCACCCUUGCUGCAACUUCCUGAUUUCACAAAAAUGUUUGAACUUGAAUGUGAUGCUAGCGGCAUUGGGUUAGGUGGAGUGCUACUGCAAGAGGGUAAACCGGUUGCUUAUUUCAGCGAGAAACUGAGUGGUGCUAGUCUGAAUUACUCCACUUAUGACAAAGAACUUUUUGCGUUGGAAGCACAUGGAGGCGGCCUCAUGGGCCAUUUUGGUGUUAAGAAAACAGAAGACAUCCUGGAAGCUCACUUCUUUUGGCCAAAGAUGCGACGUGAUGUGGAAAGAUUUGUUGCACGCUGCACCACAUGCCAAAAAGCUAAGUCCCGCCUGAAUCCCCAUG